AUGAGUUCCUAUUUUGUGAAUCCCACUUUCCCCGGGAGCCUGCCCAGCGGCCAGGACUCCUUCCUGGGCCAGCUGCCCCUCUACCCGGCCGGCUAUGACGCGCUGAGGCCCUUCCCGGCCUCGUACGGGGCGUCGAGCCUCCCGGACAAGACGUACACCUCACCUUGUUUCUACCAACAGUCCAACUCGGUCCUGGCCUGCAACCGGGCGUCCUACGAGUACGGGACCUCGUGUUUCUAUUCUGAUAAGGACCUCAGUGGCGCCUCGCCCUCGGGCAGUGGCAAGCAGAGGGGCCCCGGGGACUACCUGCACUUUUCUCCCGAGCAUCAGCAGUACAAACCCGACAGCAGCAGCGUGCCAGGCAAAGCCCUCCAUGAUGAAGGCUCCGACCGGAAGUACACGAGCCCGGUGUACCCCUGGAUGCAGCGGAUGAACUCCUGUGCGGGUGCGGUGUACGGAAGUCACGGGCGCCGAGGCCGCCAGACCUACACGCGCUACCAGACGCUGGAGCUGGAGAAGGAGUUCCACUUCAACCGCUACCUGACGCGGCGGCGCCGCAUCGAGAUCGCCAACGCGCUCUGCCUCACCGAGCGCCAGAUCAAGAUCUGGUUCCAGAACCGCCGCAUGAAGUGGAAAAAGGAAAAUAAACUCAUCAAUUCCACCCAACCCAGCGGGGAGGACGCGGAGGCAAAGGCGGGCGAGUAA